AUGGCACCGCCUCAAUUCCGGACUGCGACGCAGACGCGCCGAGGUGCGCGCAGUGGUUUUGUGGAACAGGAUGACUUUGAGGGCCUGCCGGUGCGACAGUGGCGUCAAGAAUGGGUCACCUACACUCCUCCCGUCCCCCAGGAAGUAACUCAACAGAGCGACCGUUGGGCCGUCGAACUCCCGUUUGGCAUGCCUCGUGAGAGCCAUCUCCUACCGCCGCAUAGUCAGGAAUUGCUGCGCGCCGCUCGAUCAGGUCGGUUGUACAAGCGACCUGCCCCAGAGGAAGAAGACGUUGAUGUCGAAGUCGAUACCAUUAAGGGUGAGAAGAAGGACUGGGAGACUCCCAACGAAGGUUUCACCUUCAAGGCUUGGAAGCAAGUGCCGCGCAACGCAGAAGCCGCCGAUAUAUCCUACCUGGCGAAACGUCCAAAGAACAUCAUUACCUUAGCUGCGAAGGUUGAACCCGCGCAGCCAACAGGUCCGACCAUUACCAGAGCGAUCGUCCGUCGAAUCGAUGCCGCCGGUAACCCCUACGAGCAGACCAUUACCCUUACUGAGGGCCAGAAGGUGGAUGGCGAGAUCAUCUCCACGACAGUGGUGCCGGCGCCGACAACGCAACCAGAAAUCGUUCCUCAGCAGACAACACCCGCUAGGAGGAGGCCCCCGCCGCCCAAGAGGAAAGCUAAGGGUGUUGGGCGAGGGAGGAAGAAAGGGAAGCUGCCGUUGCCGAUGCAUGCGACGAGAUCGCAGAAUGCUGCGGCGGCAGGGGCUGAUGCUGUUAAGACAGAAGAUAAUGGUGUUGAGGGAGUUAAAGUCGAAGAUGCCGAAGACAGCGCGAACCCAGAUAGCGAAAUGGCCGAUGUCUCUGGGGUACCAUCCGACGAAGAAGAGGGCGAAGAGGAUGAGGAGGUCGACGAGGAGGGCGGUGAUGAAGAGGGCGGUGAAACACCUAAUGUUGGGAGCACAAAUGGCGAUGUUCCUAGCCAAGAGCCGGAGGACACUGAAAUGUCCGAUGUGCCCCAGCAACCCUCUACCGAAGAGGCUUCGCAGCCCCCGACCUCCGAAGGAGAGCCUCCAGUGCAGAAGGUGGUGCGCUUCCAAACUCCAAGCAUCGGGACAAAGCUCGAGGGCAGUCCUCUGAAGAACGUCAUGGUCGCAUCGCCAACAGAGCCGGCGGCGCCGUCGAACGAUUCCAUCCCGCCCUCAGUAGCACCACCAUCACCCCCAUCUGACCAAGCCAUGGAAGUUGAUCAACCCGACAACGAUAAGACUGCUCCAACGGCCACAACCAUCACAGAAACUCCCGAACCCCAAAUCAAGCUCGAACAAAUCCCUUCGGAACCACUCUCACAACCCCCCGCUGAACAACCAGCGCUCACCACGCAGACCCCUUCCCAAGAUGCCGCCGCAGCAACCGAGUCUGAAGAACCUCCGUCAUCAGCGUCUGCAAAUCCAGCCGACCCUCUCAAACCCCCUGCUUCUCCGGCUCUCCUGCCUACAGUCACUAACGACAACGAGGACGACGGGCUUAACUUGCUUGAUAGCCUCGAGAGGGAGUUGAAUAAGCAAGAGGAGGCUGCUAAUGCGGCCAAGGUUCAGAAUCAAGCUGCCUAUGCUGGUGGUGGUGGUGGUGGUGUUGGUGCCGGUAAUCCCGGAGCUGGGGGUGCAGAGCAGGCAGCUGAAGAGGAGGAAGUCGAUACGUUGGCAGUUGCAACUGAGGAGGGUAAGGGGAAGGUUGCGGUUGGGGAUGCGGGGGCUGGGUCUGAGGCGGAUAAGGGAGGGGAGGAAAAGCAGGAAAAGGCUACAGAGGAGUCGGCAGGAGGGAGCUACGCAGGAGGUGAAGACUGA